CUCAUUCGAAAACUCCACAACAGUCGGUUUCCGUUCGAGCGAAAAAAUCUUGCACGGUUGACAAAGUCGCAUUUCAACGGCAUAAGCAAACAGAUUUAAUUCAGGAUCGAGUUUUAAAGCAAAAAAGAAGAAAAUUGAUGAUGUCUCAGCUAGGAACAGAGUGGUGACCUAGCAUAUUAAUUUUUGGGCGACCCCCGAUGCUUACGCUACGGCUGGUGUCGACGCACUUUUUAAAGCAACCAUAGGCAGUGCCCUGAGCCUGACAAAGGGCCUAUAAUGUGCCGCGAUUGGGACAUGAACCCAACACUUGUCUUUGAAACAUUUAACUUGUUACUCUCGUUCUAACCAUCUUGCAAAUCGAUUUGCGAGAUUCACUUCUGCAAGUAAUAGAAGCAGAACCACGUCUACAACCGGGCAUCUCCUCAUCAAACUCUUCUUUCAUCGCUUUCACCUACCCCGACUGAAAUAAAAUUAAGGGUAAAAAAGAAAAACGGGGUUGAAGAAUUGAUUAUUUUUUUAUUUGUAAGAUAAGAGGAAGAAGAAGAAAAAAACACAGGCUUUGAGGAAAGAUCGAGAGAAGAAACCCGGAAGAAGACACAAAUGGUCGAUUUCACUUUUUGAGAUUGGAGAGAAAAUUGUUUUUAGGAGGAUCUGAGUUUCUUUUUGUACAAAGACAAGACAAAGAUUUAAAAACGUUUCCUGUUCGGAUCAGCUUUCAGGCUGAGCGCGCCAUACGCCAUCCUGUGGAGAGUAGCCAGAGAUUGUAUUUAUCUAAAUUGUUAGGUUUAGUUCCCGACUGUUGACAGUGCGGCAGUGGGUCGCGGUGCAGAAGAAGUGGGAUGAGACGACCUCAGCAAGAACCUCAUCAUCAUCAUCAUCACCACAAUCAUCAUCAACAACAUGGAUCCUCCACAAGUCAGAUACACAAGGAUGAAUCUCGCCUUGCGAAAGUAAAACGCGCCCUCACUGGAUCACUCCUGGGUCGCGGAUCCGGAAUAAAUCGUGUUUUCGGUGUUCCUUUAGAUUCAAGCGAGUCUUAUUUAGACACUGGCGUCCCAUAUGUCAUUUAUCGUGUCUGUUGCUACAUCGAGAUCCAUGGCUUUCACAGUCCGGCGGUCUUCAGACUUUCUGGAGGAAAUCCGAGACUUGCAGAAAGACUCAGAACCAGCUUCGAACGUCGAGGAGAUGCUGAUCUUGAGGGUGCUGCUUGUCCAUCCACCGCAGCUACACUCCUUAGACAAUAUCUCAAGGAACUGCCACACCCUCUCGUCCCAACAGUUCUCGUCUCCAGACUCUUGCAGACUCACAAGCAGAAUUACUCUGCCGAUCGCGAAUCUUGGAUCCUGGCAACGAAAGAAUUGGUUUCGUCGUUACCAUCUUCCCAUUACCGAUUACUGGGCUACUUGAUGAAUUAUUUUGAUAAAUAUGAAUCACAACACGGACGAAGUGCCGGCGUCGCUUAUGUUUUUGCGCCAGUCGUCCUGCCCCACGUUCCACCAGCGACGAACCUUCUUCGUGACAUCAUCCUCGACGCAGAAAACCUCUUCCCGGAUUGCGUAAGAGUGAACGGCGUGUUCGAUUGCAAGGUCUGCAAGGAUUUGAAGGGUGAACAGGAAGAGUCCUUUGAGGACUCUUCUCCAGAUUGUACCCCGAAACCUCCAAAAAGAAAGGAUCGGCGGGAAUCCUGCUGUCCAGAAAAGAAACUUAUAAGAAGUAACAGCGAGGAGAGAAUUUUGGAAAAUACAAGGAACCAGGCCAAAAGUAUUCGAAGAGUGAGCAGCCACGAGGAUUUUAACAGCGAAAAGCACCUACAUAUUUUGUCCCAACUGCAGCCAGAUAUGGGGCACGGAGUGAGAUGUGGGGGCUUGCCUCUUCACGAGAGGACCAACGUUUCUCCAGUUUCAACAAAACCAUCUGCACUGCCAUCGCCCAGUGAUGCUGUCCUGGUCACUGAAAGAUUAGAGUGUGACGUAGAACGUUUGAGAAAUAGUGAAAGAUUCAGCCGGAGCAUCACUCCACAUGGAAGACGUCAAAUUAGACGUCGGAGGAUUCACAAAUCCUCGCAUUUCGAUCAAGGAGCUAGUAAAGAAAACGAAGAGUAUUUAGAAAAUGAUGAUUACACGGUUCCUAAGAGUCCGAAGAAUAUGCAUGGAUCAGGUCAAAGUUUUUUGGAGAUGCUGAGCAGUGGACCGAGCAGAUCUCCUUCCCCGGCUCGUCCGCCAGUUGUCGACCACGAGGACUUAAAUAAUCCGACUUUGACGAAUUGGGGAUUCCAACAUCGACAAGGCAUUGACGAAGAAGCGAAUUCCGGGGUAGGCGCAAUGCUCUCGCCCAGGAACUCUCUCCUCAUCCCAAGAAGAUUCUAUUCCGAAGAUGAGGACCAACACGACGUCCCAAAUGCAAACGACCUGAGUCUGAAAAAUCUAGCGAAGCACAUAAGCGGCCUGAAGAAGAAGAUCAAACGAUACGAAGAUGAAUUCGAGGAAAACUUUGGUUAUCGGCCGAGUCACUCGGACAAGAUGAGCAACCGCGAUAUAAAGAAGAUGUGCUCGGAAUUGAAUAAGGUGCGAAAAGAGCAUAAGACUUUGAGGGAAGGCCUCAUUGGCGUUUUGCUACGUAGCAACGAUAACGGCGUUAAUGCGCGCAGUCCAACGAAUAAUAAUAAUAAUAAUAACAGUCAGGAGAAGUCGAGAAUCACUUCCAUGGAGGAGAUGGUCAAGGAUGUUGAGAGGAAACUUGCCGAGAAGAGAAUGAAAUACAACAGACCGGACAAUAUGGAAGAAUUGACUUACGAACAACUGAUGGAUGAAAAAACUGCGGUGCAGAAAGCUUUGCUGCAUAUUGAGAAUGUUUUUGGGAGGCCGGUUUCGAAAGAAGAUCGAGCAAUCGUCAGAUCUUUGUAUGACAAAUACAGAACGCUCAAGAGGCUCUUGAUCCGGGUUGGAGCAAGUAAGAAUAAGGACAGCAUGUCGGAAUUGGCGACAAUUCUAGAACACGAAGCUAUGGAUUUCACAUCUUCUUCUUUGCCUGGAAAUCCGUGCGAUGGAGAAAGAAGAGCUAGUGAACCGGACAUGUCUCAUCGAGGAAUUUUAGAUUGCAUCGAGAAUAUAGAUCAGCUGCCAACUGACAGCGACAGUCAACACAGCAGCAGCGAAGGCAGUCGGGGUGUUGGAGAAAGUCUUCACGCUUUGCCACAACAAGAGCUUCUGGUGCAACAGCGAGUAACGCGAGAAGAAAAGAAACGUCUCCGGCGGGCACUGAAGGAACUCGAGGCUCAAUUUGAAGCCCGUGCCGGUCGUCGAAUGCAAAAAGAAGAUCGAGGUCCCCAGGUUCUGAUGAUUUACGAGUCUUAUAAACAAACAAAAGCCAAAUUAAGGUUGAUCGAUGCUCUUGUGGCCAAGAACGCCUGACGGAGUCCCUAAUUCUAGCAAAUUUGAAUCUAAAUUUGCUAGUAUACCACAAACUAAGGAGAUGCAUCAAGGGAGAUUUUGUCAAGUUUUACGAUCCGCGGAGUAUUAAAAGCUAGUUGCCGAAGCUAAUGUUACAUUUUGUAGUAAUUAAAGAAAAUUUUACGUA